AUGAACAGGCAUCUAACUAUUGGUGAUCGUUGGCUGGUAAUUUCGUUACGAGUGGACCAAUGCCUUAGUUUUCGUCAUAUAGCACGCAUUAUCAAUUGUACACAUCAAACGGUGCACAAUAUUUUGCAGUUAUUUCAUGAAACUAAUAAUGUGAUAGAACUCGAAGGACGUGGUGGUGGCAAUUCGUUGAGCGAUGAUAAAUUUCACACUGUGAUACGAUUAUUGUACAGAUAUCCGAGUGAAACAUCGUCUCAAUUAAACAAUCGAUUUUAUCAACGAACUGGACGUUUUGUUACUACUCGAGUCAUUAGAAAUUAUCGGAGGCGAUUGGGUUUUCAUCCUGUUCACGCCAAAAUUCAACCCCUACUAAAUCAAAGACAUACCGAUGAUCGAUUAGCAUUUUAUCAACAGCAUACUCACGAUGAUUGGAGUCAAUUUAUUUUCGUUGAUGAAAAAGUCUUCCAGGUUGAUGCUUCACGGCUUGUUUAUUGGAUUCCUUGCGGCCGAUCACGUCCAACUACAUUUCGUAGUCAAAUCAAUCAGUUGACUCCCUAUUGUCGACGACCUGAUAAUGAUGACAAAGAAGAAGAAACAUCUGAUACAUUCAAUGAAAAUAUAGCAAGCAAUAUUACUUUUGAAAAAUUGAGUGAACAAGGCGUAACAAGUGAACAACUUCUUAAGUGGUCAGCACUCAUCGAUCUUGCUGAACGAUAUGAAACGAAUAAUCAAAGUUCAGAAUUGUUCUAUAACUGUUCAUCGCCAUGGUUUGGGUUGAAAUGUUAA